AGGGCUAUAUUCUCGCACCAGAAGGAUUUACCAUAUGUGCGAGGAAUCCUGCAAUUGACGGCCCGGACGUUUCCAUUUUCCAGACGCAAAUUACGGAAAAGCGACUGUCACGGCGAGCGGAGGGACCCGAGCAGCGAAUUCGUCUCAACGCAUCCCAUUCCUGCACAAUACCAUAUUUGCACUGUCAAUACUAACUUUUGGCUCACAUUAUUUCGUUCUUCAUGACGUCGGCCGGUGUUGCAACAGUACUCAAAGAGCGAGUGUUCUUCGCGAAGGAUUGCGAAAAUUGUAACGCGUUCUCAUGCGACGGUACUUUCGAUGGAUUCUCAAAGACACUUCUCAGACGCGUCAAUGAAAGCGAUAAGCAUGUUCAGAUUCUGGUUCUAGUGUCCACUCGCAAACUCGCAUUACAGAUUACCGGAGCGAUGAGGAAGUUUACCAAACCUAUGUCUAUCAAGGUGCAUGCUUGCAUUGGAGGAACUUCUGUUAAUGAGGAAAAGUCAGCGCUAGCGAGCGGUGCUCAUAUUAUCGUUGGUACUCCAGGCCGCGUGAAGCAUAUCAUUUCCUCAAGGUUUCUGGUACUCAGUGCUCUCAAUCUGUUUGUUAUGUACAAUUUCCUCCCAUUAUUGAACAUGAAGGAAGAUUUAUCCUCAAUAGUAACUUCACUGCCUGAAGACAUUCAGAAAGGCAAAUGCGUUUGCACGAGUAGUAGGCCUCUUGGACGGCGACUGAUGGAGCAGUUUUGCAAAGAAAUGUCUUUGUGCAGCUUUUAUUGUGUGUCCGGCGAUGCCAUACUACAACGAGAUGUACCCAAACCCGAGUCGGGUAUUGACGAUGGCGGAAAAGCCAUGGAUGAUGGUGGAGAAGACUUGGAUUGCAAAGUGUUCUUCGCGAAGGAUUGCGAAAAUUGUGACGCGUUCUUAUGCGACUGUACUUUCGAUGGAUUCUUAAAGACGCUUCUCAGACGCGUCAGUGAAAGAGAUGAGCACGUUCAGAUUCUGGUUUUAGUGUCCACCCGCGAACUCGCAUUACAGAUUACCAGAGCGAUGAAGAAGUUUGCCAAACCUAUGUCUAUCAAGGUGCAUGCUUGCAUUGGAGGAACUUCUGUUAAUGAGGAAAAGUCAGCGCUAGCGAGCGGUGCUCAUAUUAUCGUUGGUACUCCAGGCCGCGUGAAGCAUAUCAUUUCUUCAAGGUUUCUGGUACUCAGUGCUCUCAAUCUGUUUGUUAUGUACAAUUUCCUCCCAUUAUUGAACAUGAAGGAAGAUUUAUCCUCAAUAGUAACUUCACUGCCUGAAGACAUUCAGAAAGGCAAAUGCGUUUGCACGAGUAGUAGGCCUCAUGGACAGCGACUAAUGGAGCAAUUCUGUAAAGAAAUGUCUUUGUGCCACUUUUAUGGUGUGUCCGACGAUGCUGUACUAGAACGAGAUGUAUCUACACCCGAGUCGGGUAUUGACGAUGGCGGGAAAGCUAUAGAUGAUGGUGGAGAGGUCGUGGAUUGCAAAGGCAAAGAACCUUUGGAAGAUGAAUUAAGACAGACGAAUUCGUUUGUUUAUAUUCGUCACAUCAUGGCCGCCAUACAGAGCGUGGAUGUGAAGAGAAGAAGUGUACAAGUGCUGGUGAUUGCUCCGCAAAUAGAGGGUGUCAAACAGAUUUCUAAAGAGCUGCAGGAUUCCCUCUCAAGCACAAAAAUUUUGGUAUACGGUUGCAGUGGACGGUGGAUUUGUACGAGGGAUUAUGAAUUGAGUAACAAUGUUCAUGUCCUAAUAGCGCCACCUCAACGAGCACUUUAUUUACUGAGACGCGAGUGCAUUUAUACGGGCAGCAUACGAAUUUUGGUAAUGGUAAAUGCGGAUAAGCUUUUCUGCACUGGUUCCAAAACUCUACUACACAGUAUAAUCCAUUUUAUGCCUAAAAGGGUUCAGUGCGUCAUGCUAUCAGGAAAGGAACUAAUACAUGCGAGUAUAGCUCAUGACACCGCUGUAUACCCAUACGAAAAGCUUGCCAGAAGUGAACCGCUUGAAACUGUGAUAAACCGAAGACGACACAUAUGUAUCGAAGUACAAGGCGAUCAGCAGAAUGAGCAGUCUCGUGACUUUUGCAGUUAUAAUGUGACUGCGAAGAAAACGCAGUUUGAAGUGAUUUGUGAUUUGUAUCCGAAGCUGGAAUGCAAAAGGACAGUGAUCAUAUGUAAACGGCCAAAAAAGACUAUAUGGAUCCAGGAGCACUUGGCGGCUCGAGGAUACCUCGUAGCUUAUUGUGUUGGUAAAAAGACAAAGAAAUUCAGAGAGGAAAUGCAGACAUUUGAGUCGUCGCCAUCCGGAGUGGUUCUGAUCGCGCAGAAUUCGGCUAAUCUAUUCAGAGACAAAGAGAUCUCCGUCAUUGUCAACUACGAAAUGCCAAAAGAAGUGAGGGGAUAUCUGGGUCGUGUGGCACCAACGGAUCUCGAGAAAGAAAGAACUGUGGUCAAUCUAAUAAAAAAUAAGCGAGAAGCAGUUUUGAUGAAAAAAGUCCAGUCGCGGUAUGGUAUCGACAUUGAACACUUUAUAGAUCCACAUUGUAUAAGCUUCUAAAUGAUCAUCAAGCCAUAUCUUCUGAAAAUGUAUAGUUCAAUUCCC